CCGCUUGUUGUUGAGCAAGCGAACUAGGAUAUUCGUGACCCGAUCGGCAACUGAUGAGCACGCGCAGUGUGAAACAGUAGCUGGCCGGUUGCUGAGCCUGCGCAGUGCGGAGCCUUUCGGGAAGGUUCUGUGUCGUCUGUUUCGCUACUACAGCUUUUCUCUUCAAGGAAAAUCCGUUCAGGUGCCCACUUUCACCGUUGCCUCCUGCUCUGCCUGCUCCCGCUUUCAGCAUGGUAAAGAAGAAUACUAUCCCCGAUGGAUGGCGGACUUUGACACCAGUUGGACAGCCUAUACCAGGAACGAGAUUCAUUGCUUUCAAAGUGCCUUUAAAAGGGGCAAUUAACCAGAGACUUACUCCAACCCAGAAAUUUACACCCAAAGACCUGAUUGCUGCAAUGAAAGCCCUAAAUGUGGAACUUGGAUUAAUUAUUGAUUUAACAUAUACCACACGGUAUUAUGAAGUUAAGGAUUUACCUAAAAGUGUGCAGUAUAAGAAACUGUAUACUGUUGGACUUGAAGUCCCCGAUAAUGCUACUAUUCUACAAUUCAAAAAAUGGGUCAGAAAGUUCCUUUGGGAAAAUGCAGGAAAUGAUAAACUCAUUGGCGUUCAUUGUACCAAUGGAAUUAAUAGAACUGGCUACCUUAUAUCCAUGUUUUUUGUCAGAUACCUUAUUGAUGUUGAAGGUUGGGAUCCAGAGACAGCAAUUCAAGCUUUUGGUGAUGCUAGAGGUCAUCGUAUGGAUGGUCUUGUAUAUCUAACAGAUCUCAGAACUCAGCCAAUGAGAAGUAAUCUUGGAAUGGAUGUAUGGGAUCCUGAUGAAGAUAUUAUACCCCCACCAAAUGUGAUGGAAGGACCUGUAGAUAGGUUCCCAAAUGAAGAUUUUCCUGGGCCGGGGAAAAGAUUAAGAAUUUAUGAUGAUGACCACUCUCACAAUGAUUUACAAGGACAGAUACAGUUGAGAGAUUUUGAUUUCAUUAACAAGGGACCUGGACAAAGACGAAGACCAUUUCAUGACCACCAAUCUCAGGAUGAUUUACAAGCGCCAAUGCAAAUGAGAGAUUGGGACUACAACAGGGGACCCGGACAAAGGCGAAGACCUUUUCCUGACCACCAGUUUUAUGAUGACUAUCAAGAAGACAUGCAGCUGAAAGAUCUCGAUUUCAGUAACAAAGGGCCUGGACAAAGACUGAGACCUUUUCAUGGCCACCAGUUUCAUGAUGACUUACAGGGAGACAUGCAGUCAAGAGACUUUGAGUAUGUUAAUAGAGGCCGUGGACAAAGGCAGAGACCCUUUCCUGAUCACCCAUCUCACAGUGACUUACAGGAUGACAUGCAGCUGGAAGAUUUUGACUUUGUUAACAGAGGUCGUGGGCAGAGGCGAAGGCUUUUCCAUGACCACCAGUCUCAUGAUGAAUUUCAGGCACAGAUGCAGUUGAAGGAUUUAGAUUUCAUCAACAAGGGGCCCGGGCAAAGGCUGAGACCUUUUCACGACUACCAAACGCAUGAUGACUUACAACCACAGAUGCAGUUGGGAGAUUUUGAAUUUGUUAAUAGGGGCCGUGGGCAUAGGCUGAGACCUUUUCAUGACCAUCAGCCUCACAAUGAUUUACAAACAGAGAUGCAAUUGAAAGAUUUUGAUAAUAGGGGUCCUGGACAAAGGCGCAGACCUUUUCAUGACAAUCAAGCUUAUGAUGACUUACAGGAACAGACACAGUUGAAAGAUUUUGAUUUUGUUAAUAAGGGGCAUGGACAAAGACUGCAACCUUUUCAUGACCAUGACGACUUGCCACGUGAAUGGUGUUCAGACAGAAAUCGGUCAUUUUCCUCCCAUGAAAAUUUACCAGAACCUCACUUUUCUUCUUCUCCUUCACGUCACAGAGAUUACGGAUCUGAUAAUGAUGAUUUCAGUAGAAGUUACAGUAAUCGGCCUAGCUGUCCUGAAGAUAAUAGGAGAACACGUCCUUCAGAUGAAUUUAACAGAGGGGGAAAAAACAGAUUUGCGCCAUAUUCUUCACGCACAAUGCAUCUGUCCUCAUCCAUACACCAGGAAGAUGAUUCAACUGAUUAUGAAAGGAAACCUUUUCAAGGUGAAUUUACAAGAGAUAUGGAGCAAGGCAAAAGAUUACCCAUUGUAACAGUUGAUUACAAUUAUGGUUUGCCACUAGAUUACAGACCUGAAGAGGAAGAGAGAACACAUUAUGAUUUACCUCCAAGAGAGCGCUACAACUGGAACUGAAUAAAAAGAAAGCAUUUGCUCUGAUUAAACCUGUAUAUACCCAUUUUACUUUGUAUGUGGACCAAUUUUUUUUACAAAUUAGAAAAUUCAAGUUUCAAUGUUAAGAGAACUUGUCUCUACUGUAAGACUAGUUUCUACUGAUGUGUGGUUCUUUACAUUUAUGAAAUAGUGUGUGUUAAGUAUAUUUGGAGACAAAUCCUCAACACAUGUGAAAUUAAAAUAGUCCUUGUUUCUAGUGAAAUUGGAACCCUAUAUCCUAAAGCAAACAGCUGACUGAUAGUGGUUGUGUUUUUGUUUAACUUUCUUUAAAUGCAAAUAAUUUCAGGAUGCAAAACUUGUAAUAAAAGCUAAAAAACUGCACCAUAAACUAGACUAGCAUUUGAAAUUAUAGAAAACCUACUAUGAAAAUUAAUAAAGCAGAAAGUAAUGUCAACU